AUCUACUUUAGUAAAACUGGCGGAUCACCUUCCGUCGUCGGUUUUCGUUUUCGGUUUCUCGCGGCAGCGGGAACGCUUCCUUCUUCCAGCUGUGUAGUAAUGUGCUCAUUCAUCUCUGUGUCCUGACGGGUCUUCAUUUGGAACUGUGGUCUGUUCUCUAAGACCUUCGUCAUGUACCAAGUACAGGGUCUAAUACUGGUGUUGUGGUGUGUUAGUGCGAUAUCCGGAGUUCAGAUAAUGUCGCUGGACUUCCCAGAUGAUAUCCACUCUGGUUCGGACCUAACACUUCGCUGUCACUACAACUUGGAAGGCGAGAGUCUUUACUCAGUCAAGUGGUAUAGAGAUGAUAUGGAGUUUUUCCGCUUUGUGCCACGAGAUAAUCCACCGAAACAGUUCUUCCCGCUCGAAGGCAUUGACGUUGAUGUAAGCCUUUCCGAUGAACGAGUGGUAUUUAUGCGAGGAUUGAAGCCGUCAACCGAGGGCCUGUUCCGUUGUGAAGUGUCAGCAGAUGCUCCGUCAUUUCAGACAGUCUCAGCACAAAAAACCAUGAUCGUAAAAGUAAACUUCAACUUUGGAAAGGACGUAGGAUUGAAGGAUAUCAGUAUUUCUUUUGAAAUAAGUUACUUCCCGAGCGCGAAGUAGUUAUGACAUCAGUCCUCUCCUGUUGUUCGUAUCCCUCUUCUGGCAGAUGUUACAAUUAAGGAAGGUGUGCGUCCUCUUGCUACCGUCACAGUGACGUCACAGGAGUAAUAUUGAUUCCUAAGAAACAUAUGAAGGUGUGCACCUGCGGACAUAUUGUACGAGUACUUUGAUUACCAGAAAAAAUCCACUAUUUGUCAGAAUUAUACGUAAAGUGAAGUCUUAGUUGAUUUUUUCUCUCUCAGUGUGUGUAUGGCUCAUGUCAUCAUGUCUAACUGUUGGUGCCAGGUGUUUUUCUGAAAAUCGAAACCAUCACCUUGAUCAAAACGUAAGUGUUGAAAAUAAGACGUUGUUUCAGCUGUUGAUGGCCUUUAGGUAGUUAAUCUAUGGUCCAGACUUUAAAUUUUAAAGCUGAAACUUAAAUAAAGUUCGACCUAAUUUUAGUAACUGUUGAAUGGAUGAAUGAAUGAUGUUACAUGGUUCUUGCUACUCACGAAUAUAUGUAAAAUAAUACAUUCGUUACUUUGCUGUAAAUUUAGAAAAUGUCUUUAUUCAACAUUAAAUUACUAUGAACCCCUGA